GAGCUACCCAAAUACGACCUUACUGUUGAAGACUCCCCUCUUCUCUCUGCGACUGCGAGGAUCAAAGCUCCUUAUUUCUCUCGACUAUACCUCUCAACUGCUAAGGUGAACGGAGGCCCCGUUCCCAGAAGAUCUCUGGUGAAGGGGCUGCUUUUUAGAGACACUUAUAUAGUCGGGGGGAAAUGUUUUCAAUGUCAUUUUCCCAGCCAUGAAGCUUCUAUACUAUGCAUAAAAAAUCUAAACCAAUAAAGAAUUGUGUUUUGAUUUGAUGAACUGGAGGGAUGCUAACUUCUACCUGGGAAGUAUAUCAUAAAUGUCAGUUUUACUUCAGCAUCUCAAAUGGAUGAUCAAUGGGUUCAAUAAAUCAUCAUCGAUGGGUCCUAGGAGGUUGAAGGGACCUGAUGCCAAAUCCUUACAUCAGCCAAAGUUUGUUCAGCCUCACAAGUCUCCAUUGAAUGCUAUCAAUCUCAAACAUAAAAGCGAAACACUUAAAUUGCCUAUUUUAGGGGCUAUACAUGAGAUUUCAAUAUACAUCCAUCGAUUUCACAACCUUGACUUGUUUCAGCAAGGAUGGUAUCAACUUAAGAUAACAAUUAGGUGGGAGAAUGAUGAUUCUGGUUCCUUUGGAACGCCAGCAAGAGUAGUUCAAUAUGAAGCACCUGAUUUGGGUUCUGAUGAUAUAUAUGGUGUGUGGAGAAUUGAUGACACUGACCAUAGCUUUUCAACACAACCUUUCCGCAUCAGAUAUGCAAGACAGGAUAUACUUUUGGCAAUGAUGGUCUCUUUCAACUUAUCUCUCAGCAAACUUGAGGAUCCUUCGACCUCUGCUGUUAUUGUGAAGUUUGAGCUGUUGUAUGCUCCUGUUUUGGAGAACAGGUAUAAUGUUGAUGCUUGCUUGGAUACAUCCCCUGCUGCAGUCCAUGAAUUCCGACUCCCUCCUAAAGCACUUUUAGGGUUGCAUGCCUACUGUCCCGUUCAUUUUGAUGCAUUUCACGCGGUAUUAGUUGAUACAAGUGUACAUGCUAGCCUGCUGAAAAGUGAGGUUCACACUUCCUCGCUGAAGGUACCCAGUGAUCCUAUAUCUGACAAACAUGACCUUGCUGUGGAGCACAAUAAAAUAAAGCAAGUUAUGCUCUUCAAAGCAUUAUCAAGUGCUCACGACAUACUUCUAGAAGAGCUACAAAAGCUCAGCAAGGCUAUUGAUGUACCAAUUGAAGUGGAAGAUAUUUCUUCUAGCAUAUUUUUCGGUACCACUCAAAGAUCUGAUCAGGACUCGUCAGAUGCUGAAAUUCGAGUGCAAGUUUCAAGCAAACCCCUUGAAGUUUCACAGAAACACAAUGGUAAAGUUGAUUUUCAGCCUGAUGGUUUUCUCUAUUCACUCUCUGAAGAGAUGCUGGUCAAGUCACUCGAUUUGAUAAGCAAUCAAGUGAAUUACUUGUGGAGUACAUUUUUAAACUUCCACAGGGCUAACGCGAAGAAGAUUCUUGAAUCUCUUUGCAACCAGUGGGCUGUUGAUCGUAAAGCUGAAUGGUCCAUCUGGAUGGUUUACACUAAGGCUGAGAUGCCCCAUCAGUAUAUGAGCAGUGUAGUGGAUGAUACCGCCAUUCGUGGUUUACGUGGUCGAGGAUCCUCUGUGCGGAAAUUAACUUGCGAUCCUGCUCAGACUGCUGCUAUGAGGGCGGAGCUUCAUAGGCGUAGUAUUGCACAGAUGAGGAUCAAUAAUCGUUCUAUUCAAGACUUGCAUAUAUUUGGAGACCCAUCACGCAUCCCCAUCGUAAUUGUAGAGCGAGUUGUCAGUGCCCCUGUUCGUUCAACCAGUGGAAAUUUCUAUUUCAAUCAGCUGGACCAGAAAUAUACAAACGGCUUGGUUGCUGGAGUUGACUCUAUCCCUUCAAACAAGCUAUCUGGCCCCACUCAUCAAACUGGUCGUGUCCUGAAGAUUGUAGUUUUUGUCCAUGGAUUCCAGGGCCAUCAUCUGGACUUGCGGCUUGUCCGAAACCAAUGGCUUCUAAUAGAACCAAAGGCAGAAUUUCUUAUGUCGGAGGUUAACGAAGAUAAAACAUCUGGAGACUUCAGAGAAAUGGGCCAGAGGCUAGCACAAGAAGUUGUAUCAUUCGUGAAAAAGAAAAUGGAUAAGGCGUCUAGAUCUGGGGUCUUGAGAACAAUCAAACUUAGCUUCGUUGGUCAUUCCAUCGGAAAUAUCAUUCUAAGAACUGCACUCACAGAGACAAUUAUGGAACCAUAUCUGAGAUUCCUGCACACGUAUGUCUCGGUAUCUGGCCCACAUCUUGGUUAUCUUUACAGUUCGAACUCGUUAUUCAAUGGGGGUUUGUGGCUCUUGAAGAAGCUCAAAGGCACACAGUGCAUUCAUCAGCUGACUUUCACAGAUGAUCCUGAUCUGCAAAAUACGUUCUUAUACAAACUGUGCAAGGAAAAAACGUUGGAGCAUUUCAAAAACAUAAUUCUGUUAUCUUCACCUCAGGAUGGCUAUGUUCCAUAUCAUUCCGCGAGAAUCGAAAUGUGCCCUGCAUCUUCAGGAGACUACUCGAAGAAGGGCAAACUUUUCCUUGAGAUGCUAAACGAAUAUCUGGACCAGAUCCGAGCACCUUCCUCCGAGCACCGUGUGUUGCUGCGCUGUGAUGUCAAUUUCGACAUCUCCUUACAAAGAAGAAACUUGAACACCUUGAUCGGACGUGCUGCUCACAUUGAGUUCCUGGAGACGGACAUCUUCGCCAAAUUCAUAAUGUGGUCUUUCCCGGAACUGUUCCGUUGAUUCACAGACGGGCAUCUCUCCUCCUGAAUACAGAGUCUCAGGGCGCAUGAGCUGUAUUCAGCGCCAUCCGACCUCCAUUUUUUUAUAAGAGGGUCCAAGUGUCACCGGCUCUUGGGGAUGGCGUGGUGUGGAAGCCCAACGACGCGAUGUGGCCCUCCAUGCUUGUCAUUGGCAGGUACAAGCAGUGUAUAUGGAGUAGUUUCAAGUAGAGACCCCUCACAGAUGUAUCUUAAUAUUAAUUUAGCAUGGUUAAUUAAAACAUUUUGUUUAGAGGUAAUUUAAAGGCUGCAAAUUGUAUCAUAGACUUAGAUAAUAGUACUGAUAAUUGAUGAUAUAGUUAAUGUAAAGCUCCGUUGCAGAUGUGACAUCAUCUGUAUUAUAACAACAUUAUUAAAUUUAUUUGCCAAAUUUGGAUAUUCAA